AGUUCCCUUUUAAUAUUUAUAAAAGUUUUUACUGGACUUAUUGCGGGAACAUAUUGGCUACCUCAGCACGUUUAGUCUUGAAAUACAUUAAUAUUAACAACUCAGUUGACAAACUGUUGCUAUUUAGAAAGGAGUGUGCAUCUCAGUUUUCAUUGGGCAAACCCGAUCCAGAGGUUUUUCAUGAGCGCUGGUGGGAGGAGAGACUACAGCAGCGCUGGAUAUCAAAAAUAAACCUCUCAUUUCUCAGAAAGUAUAAAUACCAGCGCCUCAAUCCAGAGACAGUCCUGUGGACUAAAGAGCUCAGGAACUUGGCUCCGAUUUACCUAUAAUUCAAUUUGCACUCAUAGUAAGGAUGCAUUGAAUUUAUUCACUUUCAAAAUAGUUUUAAGCUAGUGGCAUGUGCUGGAUAGUAGUCAUAAAUGUUAAUAAUAUUAAUAUUAGAGAAAGUGCUUGAGUAAGGCUUAUGAAAGUUUGUCAGUCACAUUAGAUUAGUUGAUCAAUAAGUUACAAAUAUUAUUAUUAUUUUUUAAUUUAGGAAUAGCGGUGUUUUAAUAAAAUGUGGUCGUAUUUAGUUAUAUUUGUUUGCCUCUUCGCUGAAACAUCUGCUCGCUUGUUUGAGACUGAAGAGAUUGUACCUGUUCAACUGACUGGAAGAAGCGGUGGACGAGUGGCAAAGAGGAGUGAAACGCAGCCCAGCUUCAGGCUCUCGGCUUUCGGCAGGAAUUUCACACUCAAUUUGACACCGGACAGCACCUUCAUAUCGCCAGCGCUGAAAGUUUACCGCGUCAAAGUCAAACCACAAGAAAAGUCAACCAGCAACCUGACAGAUCUUUAUCAAUCCUUGAAUCAAACCGAGGAGACUGGGACAGAGUUUUUAAAAGGCUGCUUUUACACCGGCUUUGUUGACUCCAGUGAAGACUCAGUCGUUUCUGUCAGCUUAUGUCGUGGGAUUUUAGGAUCGUUUAUUUCAGAUGGUAAAGAAUAUCUAAUCGAACCGAAAUCUUUCGGUUUGGGGACUAAAGGAAAGUUAACCGAACAGCUGCAUGUCAUUAAAAGGAGACGUUUUGCAAAGUCCUCGCAGGUUUCUAAACAGCUGUCAGAUAUGAGAGCUGAUCUUCAAAACUCAAGGAUCCAGAUGCCAUCCAGGCGAAGGCGCUUUGUCUCAACUCCCAGGUUUAUUGAGACGCUGGUUGUCGGUGACGCCUCCCUCACACACUUCUAUGGGGACGAGAUCAAGCACUACAUGCUGACCUUGAUGUCAGUGGCCGCCCAGGUUUACAAGCACCCCAGCAUUAAGAACUCCAUCAACAUUGUGCUUGUGAAGAUGCUGAUUGUGGAGGAUGAAGAGGUCGGGCCGUCCAUCUCCAGCAAUGGAGGCGUAGCUCUGCGUAGCUUCUGUGCCUGGCAGCAGCUCUUCAACCCGUCCAGCCACAGGCAUCCGGAGCAUUACGAUACAGCCAUACUGUUCACUAGAGAGGACAUCUGUGGACAUCAGAGUUGCGAGACGUUGGGUGUAGCUGAUGUUGGAACCAUGUGUGACACUAAAAGGAGCUGUUCUGUGAUUGAAGACAACGGCCUUCAGGCUGCUUACACAACUGCACAUGAGCUAGGUCAUGUUUUGAGCAUGCCUCAUGAUGACACUAAGAGCUGUGAGCAGCUUUUUGGACAUCUAGGCGAGGAUCAUAUCAUGGCUCCUGUAUUCACUCAGCUCAGUAAAACCUCACCCUGGUCACCCUGCAGUGCUUUGUACGUCACUGAGUUUUUCGACAAUGGACAUGGAGACUGUUUACUGGACGCCCCUGAGACCACAGUGGCUUUACCCACUGAGCUGCCAGGCCUAACUUACAGUCUGGACCGCCAGUGUCAGCAGAUAUUUGGAGAGGAGUUUUCACAUUGUCCCAACACCUCAUCCAGCGAGGUGUGUGAGCGGCUUUGGUGUCAACAGGAGGGCCAGUCUAUGUGCACGACUCGAAACGGGAGUUUGCCCUGGGCGGAUGGCACGAGCUGCGGCACCAACAGGACCUGCCUGAACAGUGUGUGCAUGUCUUCUGAGGAUGUCCUGAGGCCGCAGCCGGCUGUGGAUGGAGGCUGGGGUGAGUGGGGAUCAUGGCAGCCGUGCUCCAGGUCAUGCGGAGGUGGAGUGAUGUUCUCCUACCGAGAGUGCAACCGACCGUCUCCGCAAAACGGAGGAAAAUACUGCGUGGGCCAGAGAGUCAAUUACCAGUCCUGCAACAAACAGGCCUGUGAGAAUAACCGAGGAAAAAGUUUUCGGGAGGAGCAAUGUGAAAAGUACAACAAUCCCAAUCACUUUGAUAUUCAUGGCAAUGUGAAGCAGUGGAUUCCGAAAUACGCUGGAGUGUCGUUACGGGAUAGAUGUAAACUCUUUUGCAGAGCACGGGGCAGCAGUGAAUUCAGAGUGUUUGCACCGAAGGUGAUUGAUGGAACCCCAUGUGGUCCUGAUACCACAUCCUUCUGUGUUCAAGGCCAGUGUAUCAAAGCUGGUUGUGACCUGGAGAUCGAUUCUAGUAAGAAGCUGGACAAAUGUGCUGUGUGUGGAGGAAACGGCCAGAGCUGCAGGAUAAUAUCUGGCUCCUUCAAUAAAGUCGUCCAUGGAUAUAGGGACAUUGUGACGAUUCCUAGUGGAGCCACUAACAUUAACAUCAAACAGCAGAGUCAUGGAAGUAUACCACACGAUGGCCAUUACCUGGCUGUACGAAGAGAAAAUGGCAAUUACAUCUUGAAUGGGAACUUCUCUGUAUCCACUGUGGAGCAGCAUAUUCCAGUGCUGGGCGCUGUGCUGAAGUACAGUGGCUCUUCAACAACACUUGAGAGACUUCAGAGCUUCCGGCAACUUCAGGAACCCAUCACAAUACAACUGCUCUCCACCGCUGCCGAAUCCAUUCCACCGAAGGUCAAAUACACCUUCUACAUACCUAAAAGCAUGGCGUUCAGUAAACCGAAAGACAAAAAGAUUGCUGGCAAGUUGAUUCAUCCCUUUGGGGUGCCACAGUGGAUCUCAAGCGAGUGGUCCGAAUGCUCCAAAACAUGUGGUUCUGGGUGGUCCAGGAGAAAUGUGGAAUGUAAAGACAAUGCUGGCUUCUAUUCAAACCACUGCAAUAAAGAUCUCAGACCGUCUGAUAUCAGGCCUUGCGCAGAUCUGCCGUGUCCCAUUUGGCAGAUAGGACCUUGGUCUUCAUGCUCUCAAACUUGUGGCCACGGGGAACGACAGCGCAAGAUUCUCUGCAUCGAUUACACUGGGAAGACUGUGGAGCCAGAGAACUGUGACCCUGCCAAGAUGCCUGAAUCUGUAUCUGAAAAGUGUUUCUACCAAGAGUGCUGAGGACUUCAUCUGCAGUAAAUGAUUCGGUUGUUAAGACGUUCCUGUGAAACGAUGGAUUAUCAUUUGACCGUGCUUCAGGUUGGAGCAGGGAAUUUUCAGCUUUAGACAGAAAACGGUUGAGCUGUGUGGAGUGAAUGUUGCACGGAUUGAUUAAGUUGGGCUUUGGUUUUAUCAGAUUUAUAUAUUUAUAACCACUAUGGAUGCAAUAGAUAUCUACCUCAUCAAUGCUUUAUUGCAGUUUCCCUAACUUCUAACUCCUGGAUCAUGUUCACACUUGGUUUUAAGAUGAUCACCCAAACACAAGUGGAUGAUGCUAAAUGCAGAUGCAAAUGGGGACUGAAGCGUUUUGUGCUUGUUUGUGCAAGUUGAAAACACAUCAUAUCAGAUUGCUUUCACAGUUUAUAUGCUCAUGUGGUGGAAUGCAUUUCAACAUAAAACUACCUAUUCCAUCUACUGAUGUGAUUCCAAAACAUUAUGGGAUGUGUUUUCAAGAUGACCCAACCAGACUAAAGGUUACUGUCGCACGAGAAUUUAUUUUAAGAAACCAGUCUUGAUUCUAACACAAAACCCAAAGUGUUGCACAAAGAUUUAUUAUUAUCAGAGUAGAAACCAACAUUUUCUAAUUUCCUGUACAAAUCCCACCAUGCAAUUUUAUGUUUCAAAUACAUCUAACAUCCGAAGAUAGAUGUUUUGGCUAAAAACAAGACUAAAAUGUAAUGGAUGUCUAAAAAUAGUCCAAAAAUAGACAAAUACACAGAUUUGACAUGUGUAGUCAUUCAUUCAUGUCUAUUUAAAGACUUUUUGAAAACUUAGACAUCUAUCAGAUUUUCACUGUUUUGCCAAGAACUCUUUGUUUGGAUGUUUACUGUAGGUGAAGUUUUACAAACUAAUUUCUAGAGGAGCAUGAUUAUAGUGAUAUGAUUGAUCUUGGCUGGUCUCUCAUCUGCAAUCAUUAAUAAGCCAAUUAGAUUAUUCAAACUUACAAUAAAUAGCCCAUCUUACCUCACUCCUUUAUCUUCGUUUUUGAAGAAUCCCCCAUCCUCCAAUCUCCCCCCAUUUUCCUCUUUAACCAGGAAAAGUGUUUGAGUACUACCUGUUCUCGGAUUUGACCAGGCGGGAACCCUGGGCCCCAUUUCAGAAAGAAGGUUAAGUGAAAACUCAGAGUAUACUAAUUAUGAAAUUAAAGAAAUUCUGGGUUUCCUGUUUCAAAAUGGCAGAUUUGUCAAAUUCGAGAAUGCAGGGUGAAUCAAGUCUGUUUCUGAAAGAGAGGUAAUGUUUACUCACUUUUACCGUGGUAACUUACUUUGUGAACCUAACCUGGUCAGGAGCAGGUUUUAUUCUCUAAUCUCUGAGUUUCUGUUGGUCUCCACCCUUUUUUUUUAAAGGUGAAGCGGUAUUUCUCGCUUUAGCUUUAUGUUACCAUCCACCUAUUUUAAAGCGUGUUUUGCUUACAUAAGCUACACAAAGGACAAAAUUAUGUGAAUGGCUUGUCCUUUUUUGAGAAAAAUUAGAACAAUUACAAUUAGAUUCAAUACCAUAGUUUUAAUUUUACCUUUGAAAUUACUGCAAAAAAAUAAAUAAUUAUCUUAAAUUCACUGACCUUCGACAGGGACUUGUACACUAACUAGAUUAAUGGGAUUAUCACUCAUUCUAAAAACUAUUUUUUAGUACUGCUUACAUUCUUAAUUGUCCGAUUAAUCUCUACCACUUGAUAAAUAAUAAAGGCAGACACACAAGUGCACUUUUAAAUCUAUUAAAAACUCAAGUUUAGAAAUGUUAUCUAAAACUGAUUAACGUAUGUAAAAGUGGAAACCAUAAAUUAACAUUUCCACUGAACAUUAAGCUAAGGUUAUAUGCAUUCUUAGUUUGUCAAAUUUGUUGUAGAAACUAUGCAGUAGCCUAUUUUAUGUAAUUUAAUGCAAUUACAUCUAAAAUAUCUUCAAAAUUACGACCAAUUCCACAAUUUUUCAAGUAAAAAGUCUAUAAAUGUUACAUAUAUUACUUAUUUUUUAUCAUACUUAAAUAUUUAAUAUGUUAACGAAUUUAAAUGUAAACUUGCACAUUAACUUGAGCAGCUAAGUUUUCCCACGCUAACU